GGGGCUGGACGCGAGCACCCUUGCGCACGGUUUCAACAUGGCGGACGACAAGAAUCAAUCGAUAUGCGACUCAGGGAGUCCGUCUCGAUCUCGGUGCCCAGUGGAUUGAACAACAACCAGCUCCGCAGGCAUAGCCCGAGCCGGAGCGUCGCCGUCGGGACCGGCGAGAUCGGCGAACGCAACGAGAACGCAACCGAGGAGCCGAUUGCCAGUCCCGAGCUGGACUACUCGAACGACAAGUCGGCGGACUUUCGGUUGGCCGAGGAUACCACCACGUGGUCCUCCCUGGCGAUCGCGCGCGACAACGUGCAGCAAAGCAACUUGUCAACGCAGCAGCUCGUCAACGUCAAUAAUAAUCUCACUGAGCCAAGGAUACAGAGGAACAGGUCUGUCGAGAGCCUCGCCGAUGACGAAGGCCCGAUCGAAGAGCAAUCCGCCAACGUAAACAACAAUCUAACCGAGCUGAGGAUACGAAGUAGCAGCUCCACUGACAGCCUCGCUGGUUACGAAGGGCGUAACUCUCCGCACGAGAACUCGUCGCACGAGUUGACGCCGUCUGAAUGGUCUGAUUGGUCCGAAGAAGGGAACCUGCCGGCAGGCUGCCGCGGCAUCGUCAAUCCCAAUUAUCCCGGCUUCCAACAUCUGGCACCUUCUCUGCUAUCGGAUACCGACCUAACCGAGGACGAGCACGAUAGCUGUUCCGAUUAUCCGCCGCUCCAUCAUCACGACGAAGUAGUAGUCCCACUGCCGUUGGAGAACGACAUCGAGUACAACAACAACAUCGACGAUAGUAUCAAUCAUCUCUGCGGCCAGCGCAACGACCGCAAGAUUUUCUACGAGAAGCCCAAGUUUAAUAUACAGACUGUGACCUCUCUGUACGAGGCGGUGGUGCCGCCUUCGGAAAAGUGUAUCAACUACGUGAAGAGCGUGGAGGUCUCUAGAUCCGAGGAAAAGGUGCUUUCGCCGGAGCCGGAGGAAGUUAUUGUGAACAGCAUCGUCGAGGCGGCGGAGACUCAUCUGACGCUGCUGGAGGAGCGGAAGGAGAGUCUGGCCGAUCAGGUGGACAAGCGCGGCCCUGAAUUGUCACAGGUAAUCUUCGAGGAUAAACGUGAGAGAGAGGUAUCCGUCGAGGUCGAGCUGGUGGAGUUGACCACCAGCGUGAAUGAAAGCCUGCAGUUUCCAGAGAUCGAGGAGAUCCUGGACUCCGGAAAGACUAGCGAGAUCGGCGAGACGGAGGAUAUCGCGGUGGAGCAUAUCGACCUAAUACGCGAGGCAAAGGAGUUGCCUCACCCAGACCGCACCAAAAUAGGCAACCGUCAGCCGGUGAGGACGACGACGACGACGACGACGACAACGACGACGACGUCGACGUCGACGUCGACGUCGACGGGCGGUUCGGCUGACGACGACGAGUCGGAGAGUAACAGCGACUACUCCGAGGGCUUUGCCGAGGAGCGACCGACCUACACGAAGCUGGAGGAAAUCGAUCUGCUAUCGAGCAUCGGUCGCGAUAUUGGCGUCGAUCUCGAGAAAUACGCCCAGCCAGUACCAGACGUGGUCGCGAUGGAGUCGAUCGAGAGUAUGCGCCAACCGCGGUCCACUUCGAUCAUCAAGGAUCAUGUGGACACCAACAAGUUACUGGAUCGCCAACUUCCGGAGGCGUCCAGCGCCGAUUCCCGGAAGAAGGAGAAGAUGGAAAACCAGGCCAAGCGCCGUCAGCAGCAGCAGCAACAACAACUGCAACAACAAUCGCGAAACUCUAACUCUCAGAGGCGUACCGAUAAGCGCAGGGUUGACAUCGAUAACGGAUCUGGUGGCUUCGACGUUUACAACAUUGAGACAGCGAUGCCAAAGAUCGAUUUGGAUGCGAUCGAGUCGCACCUUAGAGCUGCGCGUGAAGAGGAACGUCGAUGGCAUCAAGACGAUGAUAAAGAAGAAGAAACUACCACGAAAACGGAUAAACCUUCUGAACUGAUCAUGGAAGCCGCGGAUGAAGUGAAAAAAACAAAGGAAGAUUUGGAAAGAUCUGAGUACGAAAGGGAAGAUUUGAUUACACGAUUCGACAGAAUUGUACGAGGCGAACUUGAUGAUCUGCAGCGACGAAACGAUCGCGAGGAAAUCAGAAGGAGACUCGCUAUGGGGCCUGAUGCCGAAGAUUUGCGCGCCGAACGUGGUCGAAAACCGAGUCUUCAGUCGCGUCUUCAGAGCGGAAUGAACCUUCAGAUCUGCUUCAUGAACGAAACAUCAUCGGACACUGAGUCCCCGGGUUCAGAGAAUGACAUAUCUCCCGGCUCUACGCCUACGUCCCUUGGCUCGAAACAACUCGGCGGAAAGCAACAGGCACCAGCAAGACCACAGAUGUUGAGUCUUCCAUCUCUAAGACUCGAUACGUACGCCAACUCCACACCGCCGGUCGAUGAGGCCGACUUUUUCGCGCGGCAAGCCAGGCUGCAAACCGAAGCGCGAAUGGCCCUAGCACAGGCCAAGGAAAUGGCGCACAUGCAGAUGGAAGUAGAAAGACAGAGGUUGAAGCAGAGCCCCAUCACCGAGAUGGUGCGAUGUAGCCUGGAAAAAGUCGGUGUACAGCUCGGGGAGGAUAGGCGCAGGUUGUCCCGUGUACUUCUCACAGAAUUAAAUGUCGCGCAACUGCAAGUAGUAGCGAAUGACUUGCAUGCGAGGAUCGCCGCAUUAAACGAAGCGCUCGUCGAAGGACUUUUGAGAAGAGACGAUUUGCAUAUGGAGCAAGAUUCAAUGCUCGUUGAUGUAGAAGAUCUUACUCGAUAUUUAGGUGCCAAACAGGAAUCGUUGAAGAAAAAACAUCAAAACGUGCAGCAGGCAGCAAAUCGGAACUAUCAGCAAUCCUCUCCAGCCCCGAUGAAGCUGUCGAUGAAACCGAAAUUGACGCAUUUGAAUCGCGGCCUGGUUGCCCUUGUAAGAAAAUAAUCCUUCGUUGCGAGACUGCGCAGUCUCGUCGGAAAUUAAACUCCGAGCGGAAAGGGGCACCAUGGACUUUAGAGACGUGAAAAAGCGAAGAAAGAAAAAGUGGAAAAAUCUACGAGAAAGGAGAAAGAACUUGUUUUGGAAGAGAAGGUGGAAAAGAGAGGAGAUGAAGAAACUUUCUUUGACAGAUGAGAACGGAAUUAUUAUUAGGAAAAAAAAAAAAUGAAGAAAGCUUCUUUGAGUAAGAGGAUGAAAAAUCUCCUUUUCCAGAAAGAUGGUAUGGGAAUUUUCCUCGUAAGAAAAUAUUGUCAAACUGUAAAAAGAUAAUUGCAUUAGAGGCAUCGUGGUGUACGUGCUCGAAAACUUUGAAAAACGUAACGAUAGCUUUCGUAACGAUAAUGGUGGAAUCAUUUUCACCACUCUGAUAAAGGGAGAACAGCAAAUACUUGAGCAACUUUCCCUUGAAUUUCCAAUUUUUACAGCUUCGUUAAUCGUCGUUAAUCACGUGGAAGUAAAAAUUUACGUAUGUGCGUUCCACAUACUUAAGCGAACAGAGCAACGAUCCUUCGUUUGUACCCCACCAUUUGAAAUUUUCCAUCUCUCUCUCCCUCCUCUGUAUUCGCUCGGUCCCUAAGCUCAUGUCAAAUUAUGUCCCGUGACAUAUGCAUACAUGUGUUUACGAAUGUAUCGAUUAUUCGCCUUUAAAUAAUAGUAUAUAUAACAUUAGUGAGAACGGGUCCUUUCUCUCUGUUGUACAUAUAACGAAGAUUUAUAUCAGAUUAUUGUCGUAUAGAGAUUUCACGUGGUGUUUAAAGAAAGCGCUUCGUUCUGAUUGUCCAAUAUAAGUCGUUCACGCGUACGUUUAUGUGAUGUUAAAUAUUUCGUAAAAUCAUUUUGAUUUAAUUGCGUGUAGAGUAUUUCAACAACAAAUUUCUGUAUUUCUCUCUCUCUCUCUCUCUCUCUCUCUCUCUCUCUCUCUCUCUCUCUUAUUAAUCCAUCCGUAGAUUUAUAAAUUCAACGAUUCCAUAAAUAUUUGGAUGUGUACAUCCUUACUUCGGUAGAUCUCUAGAUCCGCCAAUAGAAAUCGUCAGCCGCUUAAACAAAUCCUUCACAUAUAAAUUUGUCGUUUCAUCCAGCUUGGCUGCACGAGAUAUCGAUGAGACGAUAAACUAGUUUUUCGCGAACGAUAGUUGAAGAAAGUCAACUCAUAUACUUUCUUGAAUAACACAAAUGCGCGCGCAUUGGAAAGUGGAAGGAAGGUAAUUAUCAAUGGAGACAUUGAAGGCGAAGAAACGACCGUGGAGAACCGAAAACCGCGUUACAUAUCCAAAUAGUAUGCAAAAAACGAUUAGUCCAUAUAUAGAGCAAUUAUGAAAGGGUAAUCAAAUAGAUAUUUAAUCGAGCAUAUACCGUUCACAAGGUUUACUCAUAUGCAGUGUUACAAAGGCGAAACUUGAAGGUCGAAACCAAAAUUAUUCAUUGAUAUGGAUUAUUCGGUUCUUGCAUCGUGUUAUUUUUGCAUGCUAGUGUCACACGAUCUCAUUCACAUGCAGGAUUUCAAAUGUAGCCGAAAUAAAUUAUAAUGAAUUUAAGCUGCA